UCUAGAAAGCUUUUGGAAAUCGGUGUAUUCACUUAUUUACAAUUAAAUUCGUUUGAACAAAACAAUUUCAAUUGAUAUUAUAGAAUGGCUAGCAAAAACUGAUUCAAAAUAAUUCGGUACUAAUCAAAUUGCGAAGUAGUACAAUUCUAAAUUGAUUACCAUUACCAUUCAAAGGUAAAAUUGUAAGUUUGCGCUUAAAAAAAAAUAGUGUAGGGAGAUAUGGUUAUCCCUCUUUGUUUCGAGUUGUGGUGCUUGAGGGGUGAACUCAGGCAAUCGUGGGAAAUGCGGCUUUUCGUCCGUCACACGUCGUAGUGCCGCCACGCGACCAGACGGAUCCCAUCGUAUACUUUGGGGCAUUCAAAUGAUAAAAAGGCCAUUACGUUUACGUAAUUAAUUUAUACUUUUUAUUCUCCAUACACCUAUCAUUAUAGACAUUUGAAAAAAGGGCUAAGACAAUUUUACGAACACAAAUCUGUUAUAAGCAUCGCCGGAGUUAAAUUAGAAGGGUUAAGCACCAGCGACGGCAUUCUUUUGUUAAGGCUACCUGAAUUUUAGAGAACUAGUUUUACCUGGGAAUUAGAAAAUAUUAAUUUGUAAGUAUGGGAUGAUGUUUCAUCGAUUCGAUCGUUCUUGAAUGGUAAAGUAAAAAGCGAGAUUUCUCUGUAGUAAAAGGCGCAAUAGAUUUAUGAAUGAAAUUAAAAAAGGAUAAAAUAAGGGUCAGCACGAGGGUAGCGUUCGCGUGCUAAUUCGACAAGUGGGGGUAAGAGUAGGGGUAAAAACGUGCCAGAACGGCGUUAAGACGGCCGUCAAAUCAACAGGCCAAGAUACAUUCGAUUGCGUACGGUACACACGUCGAAACGUCGCUGUGACAGUCGUCCGACACGCGUUUAAUUCCGUCGCCGUUUUCUUUAAACAAGUGAUAUUAGAACGACUUAACAAAUAUCAUACCGUUUUUGAUAACAUGGAUCAUUCUUCCUCCCACAAUGCUUCGAUGCACUGGAAUUAUUCCGCUGCGAAUACGACUGCUUCCUGGACUCCACCGUCUCGACCUGUCAAAAGACCACUAUCUGAAAGUGAUGAUUGUGACGAAAUAUUUUCAGAAGAAUCAUCUAAAGACCAAUGCACAUCUCCUGGUGACACCGAUAGCUGCCAAAUGCUCUCGAGGAAAAAACGUCGAGGAGUAAUUGAGAAAAAACGGCGCGAUCGCAUCAACACUUCGCUUUCGGAGUUGAAGCGCCUCGUUCCCAGUGCUUUCGAAAAGCAAGGUUCCUCCAAAUUAGAGAAAGCCGAAAUUUUGCAAAUGACUGUGGAUCACCUGAAAAUGAUUCAUGCCAAAGGAUUGGAUGCACUAACCUACGACCCUCAUAAGUACGCGAUGGAUUAUCACGGGAUGGGAUUUCGAGAGUGCGUCGCGGAAGUGGUGCGUUAUUUGGAAAGAAUCGAAGGGUUGGACAUGCAAAAUCCGCUAAGAUUACGACUGACAUCGCACCUGCAAUGUUGCGCGGCCCAGCGGGAGUUGGCAACGAAACAGGCGACCACAGCUGGACCGUGGAGUUACCCCGCAACCCAACCGUAUCCACCACUAAAUCCGUUACCAUCACCUGUAGGACCUAAUCACGGUCCCAUAGGAAAUUUGGGGAUACAGCAACAAACGACAUCCGGAUUACACCAUCAAAAUGUGCACCACGAUUUAGGCAGUUUUGAUGCGACGACCACUUGCUCACAGACGUCGGUAUCCCCUGCCGAUCCUUCGGCACGUUUAGCUCCCGUGACGACAGUUUUAACGCCGUUAACGACGAGCACCGCAACAUCUCUUGGUUACCCUCCUCAUCAAUAUACGCCAAAUUCAUUCAGUGUACCAACAACAAGUCACCAUCAAAAUUACAAUCAAAACAAUACGCAAGGGAUGAAACCGUAUAGACCUUGGGGCGCCGAGGUCGCGUAUUAGCGAAUAAAUAAGCGUUACUAAAAGUGCCUGUGGUAAUUAGUGGCCUAUUAUAAGA